CGCGGCCGCCCCUCCUCCUCCCCCCUCAGGUUUGUCAUCUUGUCGCCGGCUGGGCCCCGCGUCGCCAGCGGCCGCUCUGCGCGCGCGGCCGGGGGAGGAGGAGAAGAAGGAGGAGGAGGAGAGAUGAGGCGGCCACCGUUGCAUCCGUGACGGGGGCCUGGAGCCCGAGCUUGGGACGGCCCCUUUCCCACCGCCGGCGCACAGGCGCUGCUCGCCCGGGGGAAGGGCGCGGAGGAGGAGGAGGAGGAGGAGGACUGCGUGUCUCCGUGAGGGAGAGCGUGGAGAUGAGCUAAGCCUUGUCCCCUGGGGCCGCCUGAGGAGACCCGGCUCCCUCUCCCCCGCCGUCCCUGCCGCCGCCGCCAUGGCGCACUCCCCGGUGCAGACGGGCCUGCCGGGGAUGCAGACCCUGAAGGCAGAUCCAGAAGAACUGUUUACCAAACUGGAGAAAAUUGGUAAGGGCUCUUUUGGUGAAGUUUUUAAAGGAAUUGACAAUCGGACUCAAAAAGUGGUGGCUAUAAAAAUUAUUGACCUAGAAGAAGCAGAAGAUGAAAUAGAAGACAUCCAACAAGAAAUCACAGUGCUGAGUCAGUGUGACAGUCCAUAUGUAACUAAGUAUUAUGGAUCCUAUUUAAAGGAUACAAAAUUAUGGAUAAUAAUGGAAUAUCUGGGUGGAGGCUCAGCCCUUGAUCUCUUAGAACCUGGCUCACUCGAUGAAACCCAGAUUGCUACAAUAUUGAGGGAGAUACUCAAAGGACUUGAUUAUUUGCAUUCAGAAAAGAAAAUCCACAGAGAUAUUAAAGCUGCUAAUGUUUUGCUAUCUGAACAAGGAGAAGUAAAACUAGCAGAUUUUGGAGUAGCAGGACAACUAACAGAUACACAAAUAAAGAGGAAUACCUUUGUGGGAACACCAUUUUGGAUGGCACCUGAAGUAAUAAAGCAAUCGGCGUAUGAUUCAAAGGCAGAUAUCUGGUCAUUAGGCAUAACAGCCAUAGAACUUGCAAAAGGAGAGCCACCUCAUUCAGAAUUGCAUCCAAUGAAGGUUUUGUUCCUUAUUCCUAAGAACAAUCCACCUACACUGGAAGGAAACUUCAGUAAAUCCCUCAAAGAAUUUGUUGAAGCCUGCUUAAACAAGGACCCAAGCUUUAGACCUACUGCAAAAGAGCUCUUAAAACACAAAUUUAUUUUACGAAACUCAAAGAAAACUUCCUACCUGACUGACCUUAUUGAUAGGCACAAGAGAUGGAAGUCUGAACAAAGUCAUGAUGACUCCAGUUCUGAUGACUCAGAUACUGAACCAGAUGGCCAGGCUUCAGGUGGGAGCGAUUCAGGAGAGUGGAUCUUUACAAUAAGAGAAAAAGACCCCAAGAGUCUAGAGAAUGGAGCAGCCCAGCCUUUGGAGCUGCAAAGAAAUAAGGAAAAAGAUAUGCCAGCGAGGCCUCUAUCCCAAUGCCUGUCUACAAUUAUAUCCCCUUUAUUUGCAGAGUUGAAAGAGAAGAGUGAAGUGUGUGGUGGUAACACAGAUUCCAUAGAAGAACUGCGAAAAGCUAUUUAUUUAGCUGAGGAGGCUUGUCCGGGCAUUGCAGAUAACAUGGUGUCACACCUUGUGCAGAGGCUUCAGAGAUACUCACUAGCUGGAGGAAGUACUUCAUCCUACUGACGUUCUUCUCCUGACUUUUCUAAGACAACAGAGAUCCCGCGGUGUCUGCAUUGAAGGCGUGCACCCUCACGUUGUUCUGUCCCUCAGUCACUGGAAUGUCCUUUGGUGGAAGGACGUGCCUAAGUGCGCAAGAGUGAAAAUGAAGUCUCUCAGAUGGAGGCAGUCUUUUUCAGCUCCUUAAAGCUAUAACUUUUUUUUAAUGAUAAUGCACAUAUUCCAGGGAGGUGUCUUUUUUAAAAUCUGAAAUGUAUAUUUAGGUUUGUGGUAGAGAAAUCGAAGAUAUUGAGAAACCUCAGGUAUUGCUUUAAGAAUUCCACUGGGAGAUGGAGUAUGUCUGUUGGAAUUGUGUACAGUUAUGUAUAUAAUGUCUUUUUUUAACUGAAAGCCUUUCAACGUGCAUAAGGAAUCACUGUGUACAAAAUGGUAAAGUGCUUUUGUAGAUAACAUUAGUGGGGUAAAUAUUUGACAGGCCAUAACUGAGUAUUGCCUUGCCUUUAGUACCUGUAAACUUUGAAUUAUGUGGUAAGUGACUCUGGGUUUGAGUUUUGUAUGUGAAGGAUUUGCCAUUGAAAGAGUUAAUCCUGUACUAUGGAACCUUCUAUUCGUACCUCAGCAAAGACAUAAUUUUAUUCUGUUUCUCUGGUAUUUCUUCCUUUUUAUCUGUAUUCUGAGCGUGACUAAUUAUGGUACUACUUCUGGUUGUUUUAAAUUUAACACACGUUGUCUCUCAAAGCUUUAAAUUUAAAUUAUUGUUUUUCCUAAAGGAUGAGCUCUUUCAUAUUUUCAGUUUUAAAUUGUGCCAAUGCAAAUUCUGAACCCUAUGUAUUGUUCAGUUUUAGUAAUAGAUAUUUGUGAAGCUUGUAGUGAAAUUCAGAUACAAACUUUUCCACCCGAAUGUGUUUGAAUGCUCACACAAAUAAAUCUUUAUUACCUUCA